AUGAUUCCAAAAUUUUUUGCUAUAUGGAUCCUUGGUGCUCUUGUGCUCGAUUGUGUGAACUGCAGACCAGAUCCUGAUUGUGGACAAGAUCAUGGUGGAGGGCAAGGAGGAGGUGGAGACAAUAAGGGUGGUGACAAAGGGGGUGAUAAGGGAGACGAUAAAGGAGGCGACGAUAAAGGAGGUAAAGGAGGUGGUAAAGGAGGUGGUAAAGGGGGUGGAGGUGGAGGCAGCGGAAGUGUCGAGGUAGUCAUUUCUUUUGACAGUCUCGACUGUAAUUCAAAAGAUUUCUUCAAUAGCAAACUGAAGCCAAUUUACGCCGAAAUGUCAAAAUGUGUCAAAUGGCAUUUCAUUCCUUGUUCCACAUCUCAUAUUGUUCAAGAUGUGCUUCAAUGCCAAGAUGGCGUCGAAGAAUGUAAAAUAGACGCCCUCCAUGCCUGCGCUGCUCAUUAUUACGAAAAUGAUGAAGAGAGUUUGGGUAAAUUUUUCCUUUGCAUGAUGGCUAGUGGUGAUCAAAUGAGCAGUGCCCAGAAGUGUGCUCAGGAUUCCGGAUUGGACUGGAAUAAGCUGAAAGGCUGUAAACCAUGCAAUGAGGCAGGGACAUGGUGUGACAACCGAUUCAAACAAUUGAAUGCUUUGCAUGAACCCAACAUACCAGGUGUCUUAUUUGAUAUGAAAUAUAACGCGCAAUCAGAGUGUGCAGCGAUGUCAGAUUUAAAAGGCGCAAUUUGUGAUCAAAUAAAAAAGAAAGGUGGACAAUGUGCCGCAUGUGAUGGCUGUGGAAGUGGCAGUCCAGGUGGUGGUGGAGGAGGCAGUCCUGGUGGAGGUGGCGGGGGUAGUCCUGGUGGUGGUGGUAGUCCAGGCGGAGGUGGACAUCACUCUGGCGGAGACAGUCCUGGAGGUAGCCCUGGAGGUGGACAUCAUUCUCCUGGAGGUAGUCCUGGAGGUAACAGUCCGGGUGGAAAUAGUCCAGGUGGAAGCAGCCCAGGAGGUGGUGGAGAUGAUCCUGGAAGUACUCCACCACCCGCGACCAUUGGUGAUGGUGGUGCUGGUAAUCCACAUAUAAUUGGAGGCCAAGGCAACGCUCCACCUCCUGGAACUUUCUGUGAUGCUGCUGGUAACAUUACUGGUGUAGUUUAG